AUUAAGAGCCGAGUAGGAGGCACCACUACAUGCAAGUCAUCCCGACCGUAGUACGUUGACUCCUACAGGGCUUUCAGUAUUUAUUCGUGCUCAGCAGCUACAAACACAGCAGCUCAGUCAGUGUGUAACCUGAGCUCUUUGUUCGCAACCGACACACUUUGACGCAUCAAAACGUCGUUUUGAAAUUACAACUUGUUAGCAUUAGCAGCCGGAAACCACAUGGAUACCAACACAAACAACGCUGAGGCGAAGCUGCUGCUGAACCAUGCCAAGACUCUCCGCUUUCACACCGGGAAUUUAGUCAACCGAAGUCGGAUUAAGAAGGUUCCGUGCUCCCCCAGCGAGGAGCUUCGAGACUGCAUUCAAGCUACUCUGACUGAUUGGUUGUCCACAACAAAACAGCCGACAACGGACUUUCCUGAUACGCUGGACUUCUCCACCCCAGAGGUCACAGACGCCAUCACACCUGAAGAGAGAGAGGAAGUGAAGGUUUCAGUGAAGCUCUUUCUGUGUGAGCCGGGUCAGUCUGCCAUCGAAGAUGCAGUGGAGAUGGCCCGGCAGACUCUGGCCGUGUCCCAGCUCGACUCUGUUAUUAUAGCGCCCCCUGGACCUCUGGAGGGGGACGGCCAGACUCUGGCUCAUCUGCAGCCGGCGUGGGAGAAGCUGGAGGCUCUGGUAAGGAGCCAGAAGAUCGCAGCCAUCGGCACGUCUGAUCUGGACAAAGAUCUGUUGGAGCAGCUCUACAACUGGGCUCAGGUGAAGCCCAGCAGUAAUCAGGUCAACCUGGCAUCCUGCUGUGUCAUGCCUCCUGACCUGACAGCUUUUGCUAAAGAGUUUGACAUCCAGCUGCUCACGCACAAUGACCCUAAAGAGUUGAUGUCCAUAGCCACGUUUCAGGAGGCGGUGCAAGAGGCGGUGCAGGACCUGAACGUGGCCGACUGGAGGCUGGAGUGGGUCCUCCGUUACUCCGUCAUCGUCAAGAGCAGGGGCAUCAUCAAGUCCAAGGGCUACCUUGUCAAUGCGAACAGGGCGAGCCCCUAGCAGCCAGAGAGAGACGUGUGGAUGAAGCUGAUUCCUCUGUUUUUUUUUCUCCCACGCAAAGAUACAGCUCUGAGGAAUGAAAGCUGCCAGUCUUGAAAUCUUGAAGUUCUUGUUUUAAUCUUCCUGAUAGAGUCACAUCUUCCACGUUUUUGAUUUUAAUAUUGUUCCAGCCGGUCAUGUAGUUGCUAACUAUCGUCUCAGUGAGAUCAGGAAAAAAAGAUUACUUUGUAAGAAGAUGCAUAAUGUAAGUUAAACAGGUGGGAACACCACUGUAUGAGCAGCACUCUAACAGCCAUGUAUAAACACAGCAGAAACUAUAAUAUAUAUUAAUAAAACGUUGGCUGCUUGGUUAGGUCUUUCAACUGUUUUAACGUAAAGUGCCUCUCUACUGCUCCUGUUUUUACAUGUCUGUUCACCUUUUAAAUAACAGUCCAAUCAAAACAUUAUAGUUCUGUUGGUAAAUCUGUUUUUAAAAUAAACCAAAUAAACAAGAUUAAGAAAUAUACAUAUAUUUGUAAAACAUCUGAAAUACAGAUUUGUUUUUUAUACAUGCAUGUUGAAUAUAACAUAACAUUCCUAACACAGCAUCUGAAACCCAGAUUUGUAUUUUGUCCUUUAGUCUGUUGCAGACCGUUGUAAGCUUAAAUAAGUAACUAUAUCAUUUUAUUUGAUUAUAACAUUCUGACUGUACUGUUGCAUCAACGUGUUUUCUGUCUGAUGUUCAUGAGAUUAGUCUGAGAGAGGUUUUUGUCCCUUAGAUGUAAAACAGCACUGGAAAACACAAUGUGUGGCAAAUGUAAUUUGUUGUGAUGGAAAACAUUAUUUUAUUAAAUGCAGCUUUUAGACAUGGUCGCCAGUACUUUGUGUUGUACACAUAUUUAAAAUGUCAUAUCUGUAUAUCAUGAUUUGGCUUUAUUAAAGUGAUUUAAAAUUA